AGAAAACUUUAAUUUAAUUAAAUAUUUUUAAUCAAUGUCUUCAGUCGUUAGAAUUCCGAUCAGAACAAGUCAACAACAACCAAGAAGACGACAAGGAAUUAAAAUUGGAUGCUGUAGAGUUUGUACAUGUUUGCAUUUGGAAUUUCUAACAACAAAAUGUGGAUUAUUGAAAAUAUUUGAGCUGCUUUUAGGAAGUUGUUGUGAGACUUUACUUAUUAGAUUUGGAAUGGCCGCAGCUAGUGACAUGGGCGAAGCAUUCUACAGUUUCCAUUCAACAGUCUCUGCAUGUCUAACGACAACUUUAGUUCUUUUAAUCUCGUACAUUUUUAGUGUGAAAACUUAUGGAUUGAUGAGACAAUCAAUAUUUGAAGUUUUCUUUAAUUCUUUGGCUUGUUGUUUAUACAUAAGUGCUAGUUCCUACUUGGGAUUUGCAACAAAUGUCUGGCUAUAUCCACGUUUCAUCUCGUCAUCAAGUGAUACGGCAUUUCCGGCGAUGACUUGUGUUUAUUAUGUUGGAUCGAUCUUAGCAAUUGUUUAUGGAAUGGAUGCGUUUGUUGCUUAUAAAGAAUACAAAGGUUAUUCAUGAUGCAACUCGAACUCUUCUCUCUUUGUUUCUAUAAAAUAUUUAUUUUAUACAAGACUCAAAUCUAGUCUGAAUAUUUCUUAAAAAUUACUUAAAACAUUUAUUUAAAUAAUUAGCAUUAGGAAUAAUAAAACAAAAAUGAAUUCCGCUUGGAUAAAAUCUUGAGAAUCAAGUGAUCAACCUUCAGCCUGCCACCCGUCGUCUAUCUGCUUGACUUCAA